AAGAAUAUGAGAGUUAUUUUGGUAAGGUGUGGAACAAGUAUUCCACCAAAAUAUAUUGUUGUACAAUUUUUCGAUGUAAUCAAUACUUUGCAAUUUAUCAAAUUGUAAAAUUUUGGUCCAUUACAAGUUGGCCCAUCUCUUCCCACAUGUCCUAUGGAAUUUGCACUUGUUUAUGGAAGGUGCCUAACAUUUAAAGCACUCUACAUGCCGGCAUUGCACACAUUACCCAAAUAAAAGGCCAUGACGGAUAAUAAAUAUAACCUUUCUCAUAUCGACGUUUGAACCAAAUUGCUGUAUCUAAAUAAAGCAUUCAAACUUGCCAAAAUAAGGCGUCAACUGUUUUUUUUUUAGGGGAACUGGUCCUUAUAUAUACGUCGAAUCAUCCGAGUGUUUUUCAGCAACUCGUUUAGAAAAAUCUUUUUGUACCUAAACUUAGCCUUUUGCUUUCCAUAUAUCAUGGAUUUUGGCAGCAUAACUGAGUUUCUGAGAAACAAAACAAUCUUUGUAACUGGUGCAACUGGCUUCAUAGCUAAGAUUCUUUUGGAAAAAAUACUUCGGAUUCAGCCAAAUGUGAAGAAGAUGUACCUUCUCAUUAGGGCAAAAGAUGCUAAGGUAGCCAACGUUCGUCUGCGAGAUGAGGUUUUAAGCAAGGAGUUGUUUGACGUUCUAAGAAAAAAAUGUGGAGCAAAUUUUGAGUCUUUCAUAUCAGAGAAAAUAACUCCAGUUGCUGGUGAUGCUUCGUACGGGAACUUGGGACUUACCGAUGAUGAGCUGAAUGCAAUGUACAAUGAUAUAGAUAUUAUUAUCAGCGUAGCAGCGACAACAAAGUUUGACGAAAGGUAUGAUGUUGCAUUGGGUGUGAAUACCCUAGGAGCGAAGCAUGUGGUGAACUUUGCAAAGAAGUGUACUAAAAUACAGUUGCUCAUCCAUGUGUCAACUGCAUAUGUGUGUGGAGAGAAAGCAGGGUUAAUAUCUGAAAAGCCAUAUGCCAUGGGUGAGACAUUGAAUGGUGUGGGUGGCUUAGAUAUUUAUUCGGAGAAGAUGCUUGCUGCACAAUUUUUAUGCAAUCUUAAAGCCCAAGGACUUCCAGAAAAGGAAAUCAGACAAAGGAUGAAGAAUUUAGGAAAUCAGAGGGCAAAGCUAUAUGGGUGGCCAAAUACCUACGUAUUUACUAAGGCAAUGGGAGAAAUGCUGGUGGGCCAACAGCGAGGCAAUUUACCUGUGGUUAUAAUGAGGCCUACCAUUGUAUGUAGUACUCUGAAAGAACCUUUCCCUGGCUGGGUUGAAGGCUGCAGAACUAUUGAUAGUGUUGCUGUUAUGUAUGGAAAGGGAAGUCUAAGUCUGUUCCCUGCUGAUGGAAGCUCUGUCUUGGACUUGAUACCAGCCGAUAUGUUUGUCAAUUCAAUGAUCGUGGCCAUGAAGGCCCAUGCAAAUCAACCUAAUUUGACAAUAUUCCAAGUGGGGAGCUCAUACAGAAAUCCAGUAACUUUCAAAGAGUUGCAUGGAUUUCAUUUUCAUUACUUCAGUGACAAUCCAUGGAGUGACCGUGAAGGUAACCCUGUAAAAGUUUGGAAAGGUCUCGUUCUCAGCAACAUACUCAUAUUCCAAAUCAUUCUCUACCUUGUUCGAUUUGUGGUGCAAAUGAUUUCAAUUUUCGCUAGUAAAACGGGUUGUGGUGACAUCCAAGAUAUUAUGUUUGACUUUGACAAAAAGCUAAACAUAGCAAUGAAACUGGUGAACUUGUACAAACCUUACUUAUUCUUUAACGGCAUUUUUGCAGACACAAAUACUGAAAUGUUGCUAAUAGCAGCAGGUGAAAAUGGUUUGGAUGAAGAUGUUUUCAACUUCAAUCCCCUGAGCAUUAAUUGGAAAGAUUAUUUCAUCAAUGUCCACAUUCCGGCUAUAGUUAAAUAUCUAUUCUAGUAAUAUCUCAUUUGCAUGACCUUCAAUCGUAUUCAAGACAAUUUGGAGAAAUGCAGGUCUCAGCUUUGUUCACAACAAGAUAAACUAGUUGUUCACACAACCAUACUUAAUCACCUACUGUCAAUUGUGGUAGCCUAAGGAGACUUGGGGUGUUUUAUCAGUGAUUGUAUAUUAAAUAUAAUUCUAAGAUAAUGUUUAUAAAUGCUCAUGUAUAAUUGUAAUGUUCAUGAAUAUUUUAUGAUCUUUACAAGUGAUUAUAUAUGUCUAAAAUUAUGAGUCGCAUCUUACUUGACUCUCAUGUCAA